AUGUCACGUCGCCGUGCCUCCAACAGUGAAUCGUUGGCUUCAUCUUCAAUGAACGAGGCCGUGGCCUAUCCUUUCUCUGGCAUGCAGCAACCCCAUCAUACUUACACUCCACGGCGCGGUCCGAUCGAAGGCCCUGGGGGGAGACGGUUGACUCGCCGUGUCACCUGGCGAUCGUCCACCUACAAGCUCAUGGCAUCGCUCUGGGUGCUGGGCGUGUUGUAUAUAGUCUGGCUCAUUCGGGACAUCUUCUAUCUUCCCUUCUCAUACUCCUCAAAGCACACGGUCAAACCGCAUGCUGGGGAUGAUCUGUUAGCUCAGUUCCUGGGCCGUGAAUGCGGCAUUUCCUCUCAAGCGCUGUAUCUACCUCCUCACGCCAGUGACGAGCUGUACUGCCAGACCCGUGAGUCGUUGCUUAGUUCCAUGAGCAACGGCGGCCGCCAUGGCUUCGGCGCCCCAUACACUUCCCAAGGCUGUUUCUAUCACUGGUACACCAACACUGAGAUCUGUGAGAUUCUGGAGCGGUUCGACGGCGUGGCCUUUAUCGGAGAUGACACCCUUGCCGACGCUUACGCGGGGUUCAACAUCCUUCUGCGGAAGGAUCUAGAACGAGGGUCGGUGAAGGACUGGGAAAUGAGCAGUACCUUGCACGCGAGUUGUCGGUGUGAUUCUCAAUUUACGAGUCCAGCAUGUUCAUCUGCACGAAUUUCCUCGAGUGAGGAACUAUACUCUCAAAACGGCAGGGAUGGAAUCCAGAGCCCUUAUACCUGUUCUACCCACACCCCACACAUGUUUCUAUCCAUAUCUGGCUCACCUGCGCCGAGCAAUGUCCAUGAAAAGUUCAAAAACCUCCUCGCUCGUUCUUCAGAAAAGAAGAAGCCAAUUGCUGUCAUUCAAAGCCUCUCCCUCUCAACUUCUUACUCCACGACCACCGCAACAAACAGCAUAGACGAAUGGCUCACACUGGCUAAAACCAGCGCACGCAGCACACCGUUCCUCUGGAUCGGUCCGACAGCUCCCGGCCACCAGAACCCACCAGGGGAAAACGUUCACGCGAGCAGCUGGCAGUACACACAAGAUACAGCGCAGGUCGCGCAAAGAAGAGGGAUGGACGUUCUAGGCAUGUACAAUGCGACGGUGCAGGCAGAGAGCUGGGAUGGGCUGCACUACGGCGAGAAGGUCGCCCUUAUGCAGGCGAUGAUGAUCAUCAAUUGGCUCUCUGCGCUUUAG